AUGACGGCCAAACCAAGCGUUCUAUUUGUUUGCAUCCAUAACGCAGGCCGCUCUCAAAUGGCCGCCGGAUACCUCACCCACCUCGCCAGCGACAAAAUAGAGGUUCGCUCUGCCGGCUCAGCUCCAGCCAACUCUCUCAAUCCCAUCGCCUUGGAAGCCAUGCGUGAAGAAGGAAUUGAUCUAAGCAAUCAAAUACCCAAGAUCCUAACCUCCGAUACCGUUCAAGCUAGUGACGUUGUCAUUACUAUGGGUUGUGGGGAUGUUUGUCCCUUCUUUGCUGGGAAGUGCUAUCUUGAUUGGAAACUUGAGGAUCCAGCUGGACAGGAUUUGAGUGCUGUCCGAGUUAUUCGAGAUGAAAUUCGUCGGCUUGUUGAGGAACUUAUCAUGGAGAUCUGUCCUUGA